AUGCCCUGCAGCCUGAAUGUGUGGAUCCGGCCGAGGUUCUAUGCGGCUAGAGAGGGCCACACCCAGCUCUGCAAGCACUUCGUGGAGAACUGUGCCGCGAGUGUCAACCAGGUGGACAGCUGGGGCGAGACCGCGCUUUUCUACGCCAUGAAGUCCCAGCGGCUUGAGACGGCCAUCUUCCUCCUGCAGUCCGGUGCAUCAAUGGGAGUAACUACUCCCAUUGAUGCACCGGACUGCAGGAGGAAGAUGGCCGUCUCAAGCCGCUGGGAACUCGCGACCGUCGAGCUCGCACGCGAGCUGCAUUCACGAAUGCAGGAGUGGGCCGAGCCGCCCACGAGGAAGCGCAAGCGAACCGAGGAGGACGAGGAGGAGGGCGGUGGUGCCGCGGAAGGUCCCCUCGCACUGGAAGAGUGGGCCACCAGACCCGCCAAAAUGCCGAAAAUGGCCAGGGCGGACUCAGAUGAGUGUGAGGAGAGCACAGGUACGCCGGAGCUUGCGGUUGUGGCGGAAAAUGACAGCCACAGGGUGAUGGUCGUCACAUCAGACGUUCUGGAGGAGGUGAGGGAUCUGCAGAAAAUGCUGGUGGCCUACCAGGCGAAACUCUUCCAGGGGCGCCUGUUCGUGCAGAGCUGCAGAGCACUGGACUUCUGCACGGCCUUCGGCGGGGCCAAGGAGAAGGACGGCGAGUUCUUCCAAGAGUACUCCGCCAUCGUCGAGGAUGGUGGCCUUGGGAAGGCCGCAUCCCUGGUUCUGGUUGCUCGCGAGAAGGAGACCGGCCGCGUGGUCGGCUACUGCCGAGCGGACCACGGCGAUGAGGAGCUGCGCAUUGCCCAGCUCAAG